GACUCGGGGGGCGACACCGAUUUGGGGGGGCGCUAAGCGGAACGUUGUUCCCGCGGCCGCGGUUCCAGCCGGGGCUGUUUUCCGCGCCCGGGGCGGGUUCGGGGCGCGCCGGCGGAAGCGGAAGCGGAAGCGGCGGCGGGCGGGAUGGAGGAGCCCGAGAUGCAGCUGAAGGUGAAGAAAGUGACGGACAAGUUCACGGAGAGCCUCUACGUGCUGGCCAACGAGCCCUCGGUGGCGCUGUUCCGGCUGCAGGAGCACGUGCGCCGCUCGCUGCCCGAGCUGGCCCAGCACAAGUCGGACAUGCAGGGCUGGGAGGAGCAGAGCCAGGGAGCCAUCUACACCGUGGAGUACGCCUGCAGCGCCAUCAAGAGCAUGGCUGGCAGCAGCGUGUACUUCCAGAGCAUCGACAGCCUGCUGCGGCACGCCGUCGCCCUCAAGGAGCAGCUGGGCCAGGGCCGCAGCACCAUCACCCCCCAGCCCAAAAACCCCCCGGGCACUUCCUGAAUUUCCCAACCUCGGGAGAAGAAUGAAAAAAGCACAGGUAGAGGAGCCCCUGCAUUCCCAGGAAAACCAAAACAAGAGCUGGAAAAUCCCAAAUCCUGACUUUUGGGACCUUUUUCCAUGGAAAACCAGGGUGGGCUUGUGUUUAUCCUUCCCAGUUUUUGGGUUUUUUUUUCCCAAAAAAGCCCCAAAUGAGGUUUUGCUUUGGGAAUUUGGUGUGGAAAGCUGGAAUGUGAGCACACUCCACGCUUUUGUUGAGGAGGAAUUCUCCGAGGGGAAACUUUUCCAGCUGCUGCCAAGGAAUUGCUGGGGUUGGUUUGAGUGAGAAGGAGAAUAAAGAGGAAAAAAAACCCAACAAAAAUCCCAAAAAACCAA